CACGAUUUUCAGAAGUCAUCACGAUGCUGGCAUCAAGACUGACGGCGAGAUGGCGUGCGAGGCUAAGUCUUGCGGUGUCGUCAUGCCUGAUGCUGUGUGUCGGGUCGUCGUAUGCGAUAUCUGCAUGGAACUCCCAGCUGAAAGAGCUGCUCUCCCUCGAUCAGAGCCAAAUCACAACCGUCAAUUCGUCGUUGUCGUUUGGGUUGUAUUUAGCGCUCCUUCCUGGCAUCUUCUACGACUUGUAUGGCGCGCGAGCCACUACGGCCGUCGCUGGGGUCUUAAUGCCUCUUCUCUUCCUCUCUGCAUAUGCGCAGUCCUCGACUACUGCAUCGUCCUCCAACGGUCCGCCGUCCGUCGCGCUGCUCUCCAUCACAUUCGGGUUGAUCGGGCUAUUGAGCCAAUUUGCAGGCAUUGCAUGCAUCACGGCGAAUGAAGGCAACUUUGGCGCGGCCCAUCGAGGCAAGGUGCUGGGGUUCCUCUUCUCUUGCUUCAGCGCCGGCGGGGCUGUCUUCGCCUACAUCUACCGCACGUACUUUGACCAGCGCGUGGCCGACUACUUUAUGUUCAUGGCUGGGCUCACGGUAGUCGUUUGCGCGCUGGGAGCUGUCUUCAUCCAUGCCAACCCGACCAAGACGACCUCCCAUCCUCCUUCGUCUGAAUCCGAAAGCCUCUUGCCGACAACCCCGCCAUCAUCAUCGUCGUCGGCGUCCAUCACAGGGCUCACCUUGCUCCGAGACUCCCGGUUCUGGUACCUGUUUGUGCCGACAAUGAUCGGAGUAGGCUCGGGGCUGCUCGUGAACGCGAACUUGGCCUUCAUUGUCCAAGCGCGCCUCGGCUCACCUGCCCUCGUUCCCACGCUGGUGUCGGUCUUUUCGAUCUGCAACGUCGGCGGCCGCGUCGCCGUCGGGUGGGUGUCGGAUGCGUCCGUCGGCAUCCUUUCGCGUGGCCACUUCCUUUCUGGCGGUUUGGCGCUCAUGGCGGCGGCGCACCUGAGUUUUCUGUGGGGCUCGCUGGACUCGCUUUACGUGUCGGUGGCGGCGGCGGGCAUCGCCGAAGGCUGCCUCUUUCCCACGUACUCGGUUCUCACGCGGGAACUGUUUGGCGCCGCGCACUUCGGCAAGAACUUUGGCUACAUGACGUUCGCCAAUGCCAUUGGGUUUCCGCUCAUCCUUGGUCCCCUCGCGUCGGCCUUAUACCAUGUGACCGCCACGACGUCCCCGUCCGGGGUUGAAAUUUGCGAAGGCCCUACCUGCUUCAAUCCAACCUUCCUCAUCUGUGCAGCGCUCAAUGCAGUGUCCUUGUGUGGGUCUGUCCAACUGCAUGCGUAGUUGUGAGGUACUACAUACACACUGGAUAAAUAAACGAAAAAGCAAUGCAGUUUUGGGUUGGUGCUGGUCGUUGCUGAUGGUACGAAGGGGACAUGUGCCAGAGGUAAAGUUAGAUAACCUCAU